AUGAAAAUGCCAACUACCACAAACAUUAAAGUGGAGGCUAAACCCUCCACAGAAUUAGGAGACGCAGCUAGGCAAUGUUUAAACUGUCUAGAAAAGAAAGUCAGGAACUUGGAGAAAAGAAAGGCAAGGAUUGAAAUCAAUCAAGACAAGGCCAAAAAGGGAACAAAACUAGAGAAGGAACAAGAGAAUUCCUUGCAGCAAUAUGAGCAGGUUACACAUGACUUGGAGUUUGCAAGAGAACUCCAUAAACAGUUUGGGCAGAUCAUACAAGAGCAUGAGAAGAUGAUGAAGAAGCAAGCAAAAAGGGAAAAGGCAGAACGGCAAGCACUGGAGAUCAAGAGAAUUAGUGAAAUUCUGCAACUCCAGUCUUUACUCGAUUCCAUGGGUGGCGAUAAAGUCAGGGAGGACUUUAAAACAGGAAAGCAUGGGGCUGUGGUUUUGACCGAGGACAAUUUGAGCCAGCUGGAUGAAUUUUAUCAGGCAAUUUCUCCCUCACGAGAUGACAGUGGAGAUGAUUAUCCCCAGCGUCUCACGUUAGCUGCCGAGCAUUUGGUCAACAUUCUGGAGGGGAAGGAUCGCCAGGUAGUUGGCACAACAUACAAGGAGAUCAAAGAACUUAUCACUCUUAUUAAUGGGUGUGGCUACUUUGAAAGGACCUGCACAGUUCAGACAGAAGAAGUUGUUGCCGAGCCCCCACAGGAUAUUGAACAGUUUGAAGACACAACAGAAGAACCAGCUGAUGAAGAAGAAACUACUACUACUGAGGAGCAAGAUCUUAAUGGUGAACAGCAGCCUAUAGACCUGACCAUAACAACUAAUGAUGAAACCCGGACUCAGCAGGACUUGACAACUGAUCCCUUGAGCACCUUGGAACAAGACGCAUUCUUUGCCCCCAGCAGCCAACCACAUGAGGCUGACAAUGAGCCGCAGUAUUCCCAGCCACCCCACACAGCAGCACCGCUGAUCCCGGAUUUUCAGUCUUUCACAAACAACCGACCAUUUCAGUUCAUCCAAGCCUCAUAUGUCAUGCCAGAGUCAACAGCACCGGGAAUCGUUGACCCCGCAGUGAUUGUAGCCCAGCCGGCUGUUAGCUCAGGGCUGCAGUUCAGUUCAGGUUUACAGUUCAUGUCUCAGGGAUUUGACACAAUUCCUCAAGUACCAACACUACAUCAGCCUGCCCAGCAAGCACUGCAGCAGCCGGUCAGCACUGCAGGUGUCAGUGAUUUGACCCAGCAGCCACAGAUCUCUGCUGACUACUCUUCUCAGACUUAUUCCCAGCCGGUAUUACAGCAGAACAUACAGCCAGAGGGUCUUUUCUCAGGGCAGAGUGUGACAGAAGUGCCCAGCACAUUGAACACCCACACUGGCAUUUUGGGGCAGUUACGAGAAGAUAAUGUCUCUUCGUAUGAGAUCCCCCCAUCCAUACCCAUGCCUCCCUCACAGCAGGAACAAACCAUAGAACAGCAGCAGCAGCAAGUGCAUGAAAAGAAAUUUCAGAUGAACGUCAGCGCCCCAGUAUUCCAGUCCAUGUUUGCUCAGGCACCAGUCACCUCAAUCCAGCCGUCCUCAUUAGCACCACUGGCCGACUCACAGCCACCUCCUGCAGCAGACUUCUCGGGCACACCAUCACCAAGCGGAGACUAUGGGCAGACCAACACCGGCGACUUCCAGCAGUCUUAUCACUCAAACAAUGGGUUUUCUGGUGGACCAUACCCAAGAGGUGGCCGUGGUGGAUUCCGAGGAGGCCGUGGUGGGAACGGGGGAAAUGGAGGAAGCAGAAAUGUUGCCCCUGCUGGAAGCCCGCUGCAGAAUGGAUUCAGCGGCCGAGGUGGGACAAGCACCAACGCAAACACUAGCCGCGGAGGCCGGGGGGGAACGUACCCACCUUAUCCUCCCAACAACUACAGGCCUGACAGUUUCCAAGGAAACUUCAAUCCCAGUGGAUUAGCUGGUGGUGUAUUUCAGAAACGAGGUGGCAUGAGCAAUGUUAGCAACCCCGGAACUACCGGUUAUGUUCAUGGUGCUACGGGAGGAAAUGGUACCCGUGGCG